GUUAAUAUUUAAUAUAAAAAUGAUUAGAAUUUUAACAAUAGCAAUUUGCUUAAGUUUGAUAUAAGGAUCAUUUAUGAUAGAUUAAUCUGCAAUAAAUAAUAAAGAAGUAAAGAGGAGAUAAAUAUAUAUGUUUAUAGUGUUCUUAUGUAGAAUAUCGAAGACCAGAAGUAUUUUAAGUAACAGGAACAGGAUCAUUGAGUGUUGAACCAACAAUAGCAACAAUACAUUUUGGGAUAGAAAUUUAAGAUCAAUUAGCAGAAGUAGCAUUAAAUACUGCGAAUAAAAUAUAAGCUACUUCAUUAAAGUAAAUAGGAUUAGUAAUUAACUUAGAUAAUUAUAAUCAAUAGAUACAAGUAAUGGUGGAGUGAAGAUAUCUACAACUUAAUUUUAAAUGUUCCCUCAUACUGAAUAUGAUUAUUCUUAUGGAAAAAAUGAACUUAAAUUCAAAGGAUAUAAAGUAGUCAUUACAUAAAAGAUGGAGACUCCAAAUUUAAAGAUAGUUGGAUAAUUAAUUGAUGCUGCUAUAAACUCUGGUGUAACAUCUAUUAAUAGUGUUUAUUUUGAUAUUAGACCAGAAUAAAAGGCUGAAUUAAAAGAUUAAAUUCUUUAAUUAGCUAUUAAAGACGCUACUCAAAAAGUAUAUCUAUAAGUAUUAAUGUUUAAUAGGCUUAAAUUGCUUUAAAAGCUUUGGAUAUGAAAAUUCAUUCCAUUAAAAGUAUAUCAAUAGAUUAAUCAUAUACACCUUAACGUUAAUCUUAUAAUAAAGCAAUGAGUAUGGAUAUGAUGGAAAGUGGAUCAGCACCAACUGAAAUCUAUGCUUAAGAAUAAAAUUUAUCACAUUCAAUCACAGUAGGAUUCAUCAUAAUUCCUAUUGAUCAAUGAAUCAUCCAUUAUAUAUCAAUCAUAUAUAAAUAUAUUAAUC